CAUCUCCCGUCUCGUGGUGCUGAUAUUCGGUACGCUCUACCCCGCUUACUCCUCCUACAAGGCCGUGAAGACGAAAAACGUGAAGGAAUACGAAAUGUCUGAGGAAGGAGAAGUGGGAGGAAACACUGCAGUCUGGAAGCACGUGAAAGUCCAGGGACGAGUUAUUUCUUGAACUCUUUUCUUAUGCACUGUCGUUCUACAUCUCUUUCAGUACUGCUUCUGUUUUCUUCUAAUGGCCUGAGCAAUCUUGCCUGAUUUGUGUUUUCUUACCUACCUUGCUGUUAUCAACAAUUUCUCUUGGUCGGGUCUUCAUUCCCAUUCCUUCCUGCAAUUAUUUCUCUCUGUCUGUGCCUAUGCUAUUGUUGCAAUUGUGUUAUUUAAACCACCACGGGGUUUUCAGUGAUGAAAUGUGCCACCUUUAGAGAAGUGCUGUUGUUCAAAGGUGAUUAGUGGAGGUAAGUUAUUUGGCUUAUGGGUAGGAUGGAUUUAUUUCUGCUUAGGGUAAUGAAUAGUCAGAUAGAGAAGAGAGGUAAUGUGACUGAGUAGGACGUAAUUUACUGAUGCUGCUUUGCAGUACAGUCUGAGAUUCUUCAUCCAACCAACUCUGUUUGCUACUUGCAAAACAGCACGUCAGUGAUAAAUGUUGCAGGAUCUUUCUUACGCUGCUUUAGUCUUAUAAAACUGCCUAGACAUUUCCUGUGCCUUUACCUAAAAUUCAGCCCAUGGGGUUUAGAAUGUAAUAGAGGCUGAUGUGAAAUUGUCUCGUAGUAGAAAGCUCUAAAAACAACAGUUAGCUCAGCUGAUUUUUACUUUUCCGUUCUUUCUUUCCUUCAACAGAGAAGGAAAAAUGUCAAUGUUCAGUACAGCUGACAUCCAGAAGAGCGUUUAGGAGUUGGCAUUAGAGGUAUAGUCAGGAAUACUUUGAACCUUACUGAACUUAGGGUUAGAGUUAAGGAGUUCAUGGCCCCAAGUAGUCUUUGAAUUUGUAGGCACACUUUACAGUAAGAACUGGCUUAUUUUCUGUGGGUAGGUUGACUGCUGAGGUACAGAAACGCGAUGUCUUGCAGAUUAUAAACCUUGCACUGAUUUGAUUUUCUUUUGGUAAAUGUUACCUAUAUUGCAGCAGGUCUUGCUUAAUCUGGUGAUGAAAAAGAAAUGAAAUACAGUACUAGUUUCAUUAAGUUUUUAGAACCAAAAUGGCAGCUAAUUACAUGUUAGUAACCUGAUCUUUGAUUCAAGGAAACACAUCUGAAAUAACAAAAUCCAUCUUUUCUUAAAUUAUUUAUUCUUAAGAGGACUAUAUCAGAACUAAACAUGUAUAUAAUAGAUUCCAGCUGUCCAAAUCAUUAAUCUUUAGAGGGCUUUGUGUUUUUCAAGAGAAGCAGAGGGACCAGAACAAAGAAGUUUUGUUUAAACAUAGUAAAGGGGAGAAUGAUAUCUGUUCAAACUACUCAUGUGAAAUGUCAGUGGAAAGCUUGAAUGCUGUGAUGCGUGGUUAUAAAGCUAGCUGUGUCUGUGCACUACAACUUGCUCAUAAUGCUGAAGAACCAACACAGGUGGUGGGGGAAGACCUUGCAGAUAUAUCUAUGGGGAGAGUAUGAUGCACUGAAGGCUACCGUGAUACAGAUUGAGACGCCAGAUGCAGUUCAGCAAUGGUGUUCGAGUGCAGUGCAAUUGCUUUUACCCGCCGUGACAAAGACGAAAGUCCUCAACCAGCCUUGACAGGCAGCCUCUGGUACCUUACGCUGUUUUGGAUGGUUUUUUUUUUUCCUUUUACAUGUAGUGUGUAGCUUUGAUAGAUCUACAUUUCAUUUAUGGUUUUGUACUUAGUGAGUUGAUUUAGGUUAUUGGUGCAAACUGGGGAAGCGAUUUAUGUGCAUAUGUGCUAUCAGCUGAAACAGGUGUUUAUUCAUCUGUUGAGCAACAAGGACCUGACUUAUCUUUAAUGUAUCAAAGAACAAAUAUAGCUUAGCUUGACUGUAAGUUUUUUGAAGAUGUUAGUGAUCUGUGGAUUAGAAAUAUAAGGAAAAUAAAGAAAUAUUUUUCCCUAUCUGCCACUCCCCAUGCUUUCUGCUUUUCUAGCUUCUGAGGAUGUACACUUCAGUGACUUCUAGACCUAGAACUUCAGUCCUCUGCCAUAUUUAACUGCGUUUCUUUUCCUCUGCGGGUAGAGGGGUAGAAUGAAUGAUGGUAAGAGAAGAAGAGGGCAAGGCCCAGAUCCAUUUCCCUUAUUGAACAUGAGAAUAUGUCAUACAUUUAAACGUACCACGCAUUUGAACAGUAACAUAGCAAUGUUUUUUUUACUUCUUCACACUUCCACUCAGUUCUCCUGACCAUUGCAUUACUACUACAAAGGUCUGGUAAGACAGAGCUUAGUUUUAUAGUCUACUGUGAUUAUUUCUGGGUGUCAAGAGCUAACUUAUGUAACCAUGGUACUUACCUCUUUCUGAUAUUGUUUUCUUUCUGAAAAUGAAAUUUUUAUCCUUUCUUUUGUCUUUUUUCCUUCCAUUUUUGUCUUUUCUUUUGUGUCUUUGAACCAACUGUUAAUCCUCAAGAGUCCUUACCUAUUAUCUCCAACAGUACUAUAUUUUAAUGUUUAUAUAAGCUUGUUGGAAACAUUGUAGUGACUCUGUAGCCCCUAUAGGGAAGCAGUGUAGCAAGAGGUAGGGAUAGUGUAGCUUGGGGAUAAGUAAAUAAUUUGUCUCUUUCUAGCAACAGAGUAAGUCUGAUAUUUUGGGUGUCAUCUGCAAAUUAACUUUGACCCUUUCUGAACAAAUGUAAUCGUUGACUCAUAAAAUGACCUUAAAGAUUGCAUUGUUCCAAUCCCCCUGCCGUGGGCAAGGACAUGUACUACGAGAUCGGGUUGCCUAAAGACCCAGCCAGCCUUGAGCACUUUCAGGUAAAGUGGAUGAUGUACUGGAUUGUUUUUGCCUUUUUCACCACUGCAGAAACACUCACAGACAUUGUUCUUUCUUGGUUUCCCUUUUAUUUCGAGUUGAAAAUCGCAUUUGUGAUUUGGCUGCUCUCUCCUUACACCAAGGGCUCCAGUGUCCUCUACAGGAAGUUUGUGCACCCAACGCUCUCCAAUAAGGAGAAGGAAAUUGAUGAAUACAUUACUCAGGCUCGUGACAAAAGCUAUGAAACCAUGAUGCGAGUUGGCAAAAGAGGAUUAAAUCUGGCUGCAAAUGCAGCAGUUACUGCAGCUGCAAAGGGCCAAGGAGUUUUGUCUGAGAAGUUACGAAGUUUCAGCAUGCAGGAUCUCACUCUGAUCCGCGACGAAGAUGCUGCGCAUUUGCAAAGCCAUGAGUCACAGCUUCGCCCCCCUGGAGGAAGCCUCCUUGAAACUAUUGAGGAUUCAGCUUCCUGUUACUCCUCAGGAGAGGAGAGUGGCGUGGUACAGAGACCUAAUGGAACCCCAUCAGAGAUUAGAACAGACCCAUCAGAUGAAGAUGCAGGAGACAAACUACCAAAACGUUCGCAGAGCCUCAAAGCUCCUAGGAAGAUGACAAAAUCUGAGCUGCCUGUAAAAAGUGUGAAAGCCCGCCCUAAGAAGAAAGCUGCAGGUUCUCUUACUUCUGGGGAGUCAUCCUAAGGAGCCCUCCCCUCCACAACACCCGUCUCUGUCCCAGGAUUUGCCUGUAGCUUUUGAGUGGAAACUCUCCUAAGGAAGGGAGCUGAGAUUAAUGUACAUAACAGAUACUGCUUUGUAGAGCUCGUUCUAAGGUCAAGGGGGGAAGCUGGGAUUCAGAACGUGGAAUAGAGGAUGCACAUCCUCAGGAAUUUUCUCCUUUUCAUCCCCCUCUUGGAGAAAGUGCUAAUGUGUCUGUACAUAACCUGUUGCUUUGAAAUUCCUUCCGUAUAACCCUAACUGGAGAGAAUCUUGAUGAGGAGAACUGACCAGGGUUAGAGAUACCUGUUGCACUGAUGCUGGAAAAAUAAUCAGACAGUGGAGUUCCUCGGGGUUGGGUGGCUCCCCACAUUGUCUUAUUUUGCUCUGGGUAUCCUUCUGCAGCUGUGUUAAGAAGUGCCCACAACGAUUCAUCCGUCUUAAGAACGGACCACAACUGUCAUGUCCAUCCCCUUCCAGAAGUGACUAAAAUGGUGUAUGCUGAGUGCUUUUGAAUGUAAAGGACUCGCUCAUGGGAGGAGUAAACCAGAUUAUGGAUUUUAGUACUGGAAGAUGAGCUUGUUUUUAUUUUUCUAAAAGGUUAGUGAUGAAAUUAGUAAGCUUAGUUAUGAAGAAAAUGUGCUGUUGUCUGCAUACAUGAAGGAGUUGAUACAGAUAUCCACGGGAGGUGGCUGUUGAGAAGGAAAGGUGAUCAUUCAUAAGAUUUUGGCAAUUUCCUUUUUUUUUUUUUUUAAAAAAAAAAAAAAAAGCUACUUGAGUUUUAUUUCUGUUGUUCACUUUGAUUCCUGUAAAAUCAGAGUGAGAUCAUUUCUGUGCAGUGGGAAAAGCAGUCAGUUUGCCAGUUGUUGAAUUCCGUGUUACAGUGAUGCUUUUCUACAGACUAAUUCUUACUUUCUAGCAGAUUUCCUGGGGAAAAUCUGACUCGCUGUAGUCUGCAGACAUACUAGAGAGCUCCAGAAGCCCUUGUCUUUCAGCUUUAGGAGAUCUAUUCUCAGAGUACAAGAACAGACAAAUAGCUGAUGUACAACCUUGUCUUAUUGCAGAAUUCGAUUUAUGGAGGAUAAAAGAGGGGUGGGGUGACUAGGGCUCACUAUUCUGCUUUGUCAGUCAUCCUGCUUUAUCCUACUCCAGCUCUUGCACAAAUUUUCUUUUUUGACCAUUAGCCAUGCUUAUCAAUGUUCUGAGACCUGAGCAGCAUCCAAUGCUUAUAACAGAAUUACGUUGCAUGUAGAAUAUAUGUUGUGGGAAUGAAACUGCAGAGAAAAGAUGAACAGAAAUGCAUAGCUCUCCUGUUGUUGAGUUCUGUAAUGGGGGAGCACCAUCACAGAGAGUUCAUGAUGCAGACAUUCAUGUUUGCUCGUGUCUCGUGCUGUAUAUUUCUCAAAUUACAGUACAUUCAUCACAGAGACCCAGCAUUUUGUUAUUGACAAUGUAUGGAAGCCCUGCUGUAAGAUUCCACAAAUAUUUCUGUCCUAAGGAAUAGCCCUUCGGAAGUUUGUAAAGUUGGAGAUUGAGGCUGAAUUUUUUAUUUCAUACUGUCUUGGUGUCAAAUUGUUAUGAAUUACCCAAUGUUUGGGGAAAACCAUUAAGUUGCUUUUACUUUUCUUUGUCGCUUUUAAAAUUUUAAACCUUGACUGACUGUGUUAAAAACUUGCAUCUUGUCAUUAGUACUUGUCCUAAAGCAUGCACAAAUUCUUACCCAGGAUCCAGUAGAAAAUCUUUGAUUUUACUUUGGGAUUUGAGUUGGGGAGGCAAAGGGUGGAAGGGGAAGUAGAAAGUGUUCAUUUUUUCUUCUGCUAGAAAGCAUUGUAUAUGUGCCUCACUAGUACAUGGAAUGGCAAGUAUUGCAGCAAGAAUUCUUUCUGUUCCCAGUGGAAAUUCCUCUCCUUAUUGAAUAUGAGGAAGAUUAAGUUGUGAGGAAUUGUUCAGUACAAGAAACUCUAGGACGCAAGAAACUAUUAUUCUCUAUAAUAAUAUAGAGUAUAUAAUCUAUAUACUCUAUAUAUAAUCUAGAGUAUAUAGAUUAUCUCUAUAAUCAUAUUUUUAUAUUCUUCUUUUCCAACAAAAAAUCUCCAUGGCAAAUUAUUUAUCUAAAUCAUUGUGAGGGAGUUGAUUUGGAGGCAAAGGAUUAAUUAGUCUGUCCUUAUGCUGAUCUUUCUGCCUUCUUGUGCAUGCUUUGAUAGUCUCUGAUUAUUAGGUUUUCAUACAGUGACUUUCCAGAAUGCUUUCUAGAUUCAGUUCAUCUGCAGUAACUUGUCCUGCUUUUAAUUGCAAGAAGAAUUUCUGAAGAUUCAAUUUUGGUGUUUGGAUUUGCUUUUGUCCUCCUGAACGAGAUGCUUUACUAAGUAUCUUUUACUUAACAUUGAUGCUUGAUAUCAUAGCCUUUGGGUAAGUAUGGGUCAAUCGAUCUGACUUCUUGUAUAGGGAAAUUAAAUCAUAUCUUUUUAAAAUUAAGAAUCUGGAGUAGUUACAGGCUAUGUGGAGUGUGUGAGAUACAGAGCUGAUGAUGUUAGGCAGCAGAACUUGGCCCAGAGCAAGAUAAUGUCUUAGAAUGGACACUGUUUUCUUCUUCCAGUACGGAUGUGACUGCUAGAAUUCGCUCUGCUUGAUCAAAGCCUCUGCAGAUCUGCCACCACCCUUAGUGAAUUCCUAGAUAUAGUUCUGCAUUGGAUGACAUGGCCUUGCAUAGAAAUUCUCUUGCUAUUGAGAGUGCUGAAUGUGCUGUUUUGAUAAAAUGCUUUAACAGCUGUUGUUCAAUGUUUCCAACAGGAAAUGCUGGAAUGUAGUUUCUAUUCAGUAUCUUCUGUGAGCUUGAUUGUGCAAUUAAGCAAAUGGUUUAAUCUGUAACUAGCAGUAGAACCCACUGAGUUCAGUAAGCAUUUGUACCUCUUUCCUCAUAACAUAAUUUCCUCUGGGACACAGAAAGGAAUGCAGAGAUUUCUAGAGAACCCUGAAUUUCCAGAAGUUGAUACUUUUGAAUCUUAUUUCUCUAUUGCCAUCUUGAUAGGCAGGAAAUGUGUGCCUUAGGAAGACACUGGGGUGGUCAUGGAACAUGUUGCUAGUUCUCUGGCACAACAGAACAUUGUAUGAAGGCGGCUUAUGUGCUGACUAUGUAGUGUCGAUGCGCCUCAGAGCAACUGUUGAGCUGUUCUGAGUUUUUCUUUCUGUCUUCCAAACUUGCAUGCAAUUCUAGAAAGUAUGGGUUAUUGCCUAAGAGAGAAAUUGGAAAGAGGGAGAAAAUUCUUAUCCUUCUUUCUGAUGAAGACACUGCAUUGACAUAUUACUCUGCUGUUUGCCAGGGAGAUGCUGAAUGACAUUCCUUUAUGUAAUUGUUCAGUUUUAGAGAUGUUCUUAGAUUCCUUUUGGGAACCACCAGGCUGACACAUCUUGUGCUGCUCUUUGAGUUGCCCUGUGAACACACAUGGAAAACCUGCAAAAUAUUCUGUGAGGCUGUGUGAGUUCAGAGAAGAGUUGAAUUCAGAUGGGGAUCUCUGCAAGUUGUCUGGUCUGACAGGCCUGCUCAAGCAGGGCUACUUAGAGCUGGUUGCCCAAGAGUUCCUGUGUUAUACGUGGUCUGGAACCUACUGAAUUUAAUGUUUUAUUAAUGGUUGAAUUUAAUGUUUUUGUAUAUGCAUAAAUGCACAUGAAGCAUGGGAAUGUACUUUAGAGUUACCAAGGAGAAAGGAUCGGAGAACAGUCACCUUUCAUCUGGAAUUUGGCACUAUUACAAGAUGCUGUAAACAGCUCAGUUUUAUGUUGUUUCUAAGGUGCUGCUAUGAAGCCUAAUGGCUUCAAAUGAGAAGAGGUCUUAAGGAGUGUGCAGAGUAACUUGUGGGAACAAAUAGUUUGAAGGUAAAUGAAGACAAUGAGCUUUCACAGCAGCAAAGAACCUGUCUUGUGAGAUAGGGUAGGGUGGAAAAUGUGUUAUGUGCAGUACAGGUUUGUCUAGGAAAAAGUGACAACUGUUUUCUGAACCUCUGACCUUACUCAGCUCUGUAUUCUACAGAUUGGAAUCUGGUUUCUCUCUUACAGAAACCAUCCACCUUUCUAAGCUGGGCUUGACCUAUGUGCAUUUAGAUUCUUGAACCUUUCAUCACCUCAGAACCAUAGAGUUUGAAUUUUUCCUCAGUGAUCAGUCAGAUUGUGGAAAGUACCUGAUAAAUAUCAAGCACUCUGUGGUAGACAUACUGGGAAAACACUAGCAAGGAGCUCCAGGGGAUGGGUUAAUCUGGGAAAUUGAAUGUGCAAACAAAGCCUGUGUUAUGCACCUUUUUAGCUAAAUGCUGGAUUUUGCUACAGUCAUGUACCAGCUAUCUGUAGAAUCCCAAAAAUUCCAUGUCAUAAUUGUCAAUGUUUUGUUUGUAAAGAAAAACUGGAAUCACAAUAACAUGAAGUGAAAAGAAACAGUGAUAAGCAUGCUUUUUAUUUUGUUUUGUUUUUCCUGGUAAUUAGGUUGUAGCUGCUGCUUUUCCUGAACUUUUUUCUAUGACCAUAUAACAGGCAAGUCAUCAUUUUCUUGCUCUGUUUCUCAGCUCUGACAACCUAGAAGUAACAUUUGUGAGAAGAUGCGAAAUUGAAUGUACUUUUGGUGGCCGAUAGGCAGAGUUUCAUAUAAUGGGCAGCUUUCUGAGCUGUAUCUGAAAUGUUUGCUGCUGCAGCUGAAAUGCAGUGCUAAACUGACUAAUCAAAGAUAAGAAAUUUAGUCAUAGUCUUUGCAGCAGGUCGGAAAGGGAGAGUUCUGCUAAAUGGCAAACAAAUGUAGGCAGUACUGCCAGAGUACGUUUCAUAGCAGUAUUGUAGGAAUAACAGCUUGGGUAUGCAUAAGUGAGUAUCAAUACACAGUAGAUGACUUGCAGCAAAAUUUAACUGGCUGAGUUGCCUUUUGAAAGGAAGAUUAGCCUAGCUCAUCCAUGCAAAUAAACUUUGUAUAGGUGUCUAUAGUCUGUGUAUUUAAACAGUGGACAAUUACAACAUGUUUAAAGAAACUUUCUUUUUUUGCUUUUAUCCUCUCCACCCAUUCAGACAAAUGAGGAAAACAAAAAACAAGCAAAGAAA